AUGACUGAAGUUGGAGUUGACUCGUCGUGGAAAACGAAGAAGCCGGAUGCCGUAGACUUGCAGGAUCCCACGCCCUCGCCCUUCGAACAGCAGAACGUGUCAAUGGGCAUCAGCUUCCGCAACAAGCAGCCCAGCGGCCACCACCAUGAACGCACUAAGAGCGGCCGCGAGAUCUUCCACGGCCAGCCUGGGAGCUACAGCAUGCACGAUCACGGCAUUAUCUUUAUGGUCGAGUUCGAGCAAAGGUGGAAGGAAAAGCACCCCGAGGACUUGACGCGCGAGAUGACCGAGAAUGUCAAAGACGCAGGACUACAGUUUCUCAGCCUUCUAGCUUUGUGCGUUAAUGCGGGCACAUCCCUAUCUGUGAAGGCUUGUCACAUAGUUUAA